UAUUGAAAGUGAAGCUACAGUGGUUUUCCUUGCCUUCAGUUAUAUGUGCUUUGGUUGGAGAUUUUGGUUGGAGUAAAGGCUUUAUUUCUUUCUUUGUAACUGGUGUUAGGCCGUCUCAUGAAACUCCCAGGCUUCUACUUUUCUUUCUUUUUUUCUUUCUGUGUUAUUCUCAGAGCCGGUUUAACAGACUAAAAACACAAAGGAGUGGUGUUAAUAGUGUUGGAAGAGCUGAACCGCAGCCUCGUGCCUGAUUACGACAGAAACUUCUGGCAGUUUCAGCUGCAGAUCAUGUAGAACUACGGCGACUGAGUAAAACUGAAAAAGUGCAAAAAUUCAACCUAGGUUAUUUAGAUUUCAGCCAUUCUGCUUACUCCUCAUCAGUCCUAUAUAACUUACACACUGCUUAGGAAAAUGGCUGGGGUUUUGAUUGUACUCAAAUUUUUGAUGAAUUUGAUCUUUCUCGUAUCGGCUUCCACAUGCACAGAGAGACAGGUGGAAGCAACUGGUAUUAAAGGUCAGGCUACAAUUAUUUUUUGCGAUUCAGACCUGGACAAUGAAAGCUCAACGUUUACUUGGACUAAAGAUAACCGCACUUUAGAACCAAGCCCACAGAUUACAAUGCAAGGCCAGAUAUUGUGGCUUUUAAACACUACCUCAUCUGACGGCGGCCUCUAUGUGUGCCGAAGCUCCAACUCAACUUUCAGCACGGAAAUUCGAGUGAUCCUUUCUGUUGAAGCCGGACCUUGUCGAAGUUUCAGUGAGAUUGACCUGAAACAGGAGAAAGACAAUAUCAAAUUUUCCUGUUCUGAAGAGCGUGUUCCUGUUCUGGGAGAGACACUGGAAGUGCAGUGGUGGAAGGACUGCAAGUCAACAGGCAUACGAGGGAGUGAAUUAAAUCUUUUCAACGUAUCCAUGAGCAGCAAAGGCAACUACACCUGUAUGGUCAUAUUUAGAUAUGAAGACAAAAACUACACAGCGUCUUUGACCUAUCAGCUAGAAGUGAUGAAGAAAGAGAUUGUCAUAAAUCCUCAGGUAUUAGAACCUCGAGACAAAACUCUAUAUGUCAAGCCAGGCAUGAGUAUCAAAUUGGAGUGCAAUUUGUUGAUUGGUAUUGGAGAGGAUUGUCAGCAAGAAACCUCUGUAUACUGGAUGAUAAAUCACUCUUAUGCUAUGAUGCCCAGAUACCCAGAUCUUCAGCAGAACCUGACCACAGAGAUGAGAGAGAAUUCUUGGCUGUAUGGCCGCUCAACAUUGUUCAUUCCUGAAAUUUUGCCUGAAUUCUUUGGAAUACCUUUUCAAUGCGUCAUUUUAAAUCCCAAUGGAAAUGAUAUUGGCCAGGUGUGGCUCAGCCAAGAUGAUUAUAUGACCCACAUAUGGCUGAUUAUUGCUGUGCUCCCCAUAUUAGCAGUUAUUGUGGGUGCUGUCUUACUGAAUUUCUUCAAAAUAGACCUAAUUCUAGCUUAUCGUCAUCUUUGUGGCAAAGACAAAAAUAUUCAUGAGGGGAAUCAGUACAAUGCAUUUGUGUUGUAUCUCCAUGGCAAACGUCCUGGUUCGUCUACAGUCGAGGACUUCGCACUGAGGAUCUUACCGUCCAUGCUGGAGCAGCAGCAUAACCUCAAACUGUUCAUACACGGCCGUGACACAGACACAGAAGCGAGUAUUGCCAGCAUAUCUGAUGUGCUGAGCCAGAGCAAGGCGGUGAUGCUCAUCCUUCCAGGCAGUACCGAAGAUGAGACUUUGAUUCCACUAAGUCAAGACCAAAACAGGCUUGAAGACUCACAACUCUCAGUCCUUUUUUCUGACAUUUCUGACUCCGGUGUCCCACUCCUUUUGGUGGAAAGUGGGGAGAAUGCUGAUUAUUCGCUGCUGCCAGAGUCUAUCCAGUCCAGCAUUAAAAAGGGCCGAGUGCUGAAGUGGAAGCCAACAGUGCAACCCGAUGGUCGUUUCUGGAAGCAGCUCAGAUAUCACAUGACCUGAGAUCAUGUUCCUGUAUAACAGCAUGGAAUAAUAAUGAAAACUACAACAACAAAAAAAAAACAGUUAACAUUAUGUCAUGCUAAUAUAUUUUUCCUUUGCUUAAACUAUGCAAUACCUUUUCAUUUUUUAUUUCAAUUCAUUAACAUUUGCAUUGCUACUGUAGUGUUAUGCUACACUGUAAUCUUUACACAGAUACUGCAUCAUGAUGUACAAUGAUCAGGCAUAACAUUAUGACCACUGGAAGGUGAAGUGAAUAAUACUGAUUAUCUCCUCAUCAUGGCACCUGUUAGUGGGUGGGAUAUAUUAGGCAGCAAGUGAACAUUUUGUCCUCAAAGUUGAUGUGUUAGAAGCAGGAAAAAUGGACAAGGGUAAGGAUUUUGACAAAGGGCCAAAUUGUGAUGGCUAGACAACUGGAUCAGAGCAUCUCCAAAACUGCAGCUCUUGUGGGGUGUUCCCGGUCUGCAGUGGUCAGUAUCUAUCAAAAGUGGUCCAAGGAAGGAACAGUGGUGAACCAGUGACAGGGUCAUGGGUGGUCAAGGCUCAUUGAUGCACGUGGGGAGUGAAGGCUGACCCAUGUGAUCCGAUCCAACAGAUGAGCUACUGCUGCUCAAAUUGCUGAAGAAGUUAAUACUGGUUCACCUUCAGGGAUCUAGUGGAGUAAAUGCCUCGAGGGGUCAGGGCUGUUUUGGCAGCAAAAGGGGGACCAACACAAUAUAAGGCAGUUGGUCAUAAUGUUAUGCCAGAUCAGAAUCCAGACACUGAGAAGAAACAAAUUUAGUGCAGCCCAAGAACUUAAGAAAUGUAAACCUAGAAAUGCAAACAAGAAGCUUUUGUUUUGCUUCCUUAUUUUCUUUUUCUGUCCAGACUUUCCAGGCAACAGUGAAUAAAAACCGACGUCAGAGCUCUUUAGUGUUACACUGAAAACGUCUAUUAUUUCAACAGCACCGAUCUCUCACUUGUAUCAAAGUCAAAUAUUAAUUUGUUAUUCAUAAAAUAAUGAUUGGGAAGAAGACUAGAUAAAAAAAGACCAGGCCAUAUUUUUUGGUUCGUUAUGGGUGAGCCUAUAUCUACUGUAGCCUCAGAUUACUGUUUGUAAGUUUCUGUUCAUGCUUCCUCUAGAGUCUCAUCUUUGUAAACAAAAAGGCCAUAAACAAAAUGCUAGUAGGUGUAUUAGCUUUGCUAAAUUGACUCUAGUUGUAAAUGAGUGUGUGAAUGUGUGUGCAUGCUGCCCUGUAAUGGACUGGCAUCCCAUAUAAUCUGUAUUCCCACCUCAUUCCUAUUAUUCCUUGAAUACUCCACCACCCUGAUCAGAAUAAAGCUGUUACAGGAGAUGAAUAAAUAAUCAUUGAAAAAUGUCAUGUAGUCCAUGUGGAAACAGUUGCUUAGU